AUGCUGACCACGCUCACCCGAGCCGAGACUGAAGACUUUGCGGCAGCCAGAGCGCCACCUCAAGCGCCACAGGUGCUAGGCGCAGCUGUUGCAGCUUCAUCAACGCCCAAGAGAGACAAGACACGGCGUUUUACCCUCACACGCCUCAGUCGCAAGCAUGAAGUUAUUGCAGAGACUGAGAUUGAGGAUACUGCAGCAUUUGAGUCACCGUCUUCUGUCAUAUCCUUAAGUUCGGAUAGUACUAGCAGCUUAAGUACGGAUAAAAACAGCUUGAAGCACCCAGUGGGUCCACAAGACUUUGAUUUACUCUGUGUCAUUGGCCAAGGAGCAUUUGGGAAAGUGAUCCAAGUGCGUCAUCAGCCAACGGAUGAGAUCUUGGCAAUGAAAAUUGUAUCGAACAAGUACAUUGUACAGCACAAUUCAGUGAGAUAUUUACAAGCAGAGAGAGACAUUAUGAUCAAGAUCAAUCACCCCUUUUUAAUCAGUCUACGAUAUGCAUUUCAGACCAAGUCAAAUGUAUACUUGGUCAUGCCUUUUGUGGCAGGAGGAGAGCUGUUCCAUCAUUUGCACAAACAAGGCUUACUUCUUGAAAGUUCGGCCAAGUUGUAUGCUGCUGAGAUGGUGCUUGCACUAGAACAUUUGCAUUCAAAGGGUAUUAUUCAUCGAGACUUAAAACCGGAGAAUGUGCUACUUGGUGCUGAUGGACAUAUCCGACUAACGGACUUUGGUCUUGCCAAGGAAAUGGCUGAUGAGGACGGCUCGACGAGUACCAUGUGUGGCACAAACGAGUACAUGCCACCGGAAAUGAUCCGUCGCAAGGCUUACAACCAGGCUGUGGAUUGGUGGGCCCUCGGUGCGCUCAUUUACGAGAUGGUGACGGGUUACCCGCCGUUCAGACACAAGAACCGCAAGAAAUUGCACGAAAAGAUUCUGAACGAGAAGCUCUCUCUUCCUAAAUGGCUUGGUUCAGAUACCCACUCCAUCCUAAAGCAACUGUUGGAGAGAAAUGUGGACAAACGGCUGGGCUCUGGCAAGUCGACAAUGUUCCAGGUAAAAGGUGUGCAGGCCAUCAAGAAACACGCUUUUUUCAAGGGCAUUGACUGGGGUUUAUUAGAGCAAAAGAAGAUACUGCCACCCAUUAUACCCAAUGUCAUGAGCAACACGGACACGACGUACUUUUCAGAAGAGUUUACGACACAAGACGUUGGUCGUCGCAGCCGCAUUGAUAAUGCUGGCGCUAGUGACGACUCGAAAAAGCUUUUUGCACGUUUUUCAUGGGUCGCUGAUGACGCCCCAAGCUUUGCAGAAAUUGGUCGAGAUGGAUCCGAGAAAAAUCUCACUGCUGCAAUUCAAGAUGAGGUGGCGAAAAUUGCGCUUACUGACAGUUUAAACACUUCCUGA